AGGGUGAAAUCCAGGACUUGGCGAUGCCACGAGGGGAUUCAGGGGGCGCCAGCGGCAUCGGCCGCGCCGUGAGCGGCCGCCUGGCCCGCGAGGGCGCGCGCGUGGCCGUGGCCGAUCGCGACAUGUCGGGGGCGGCGGCGACAGCGAAAGGGCUCCCCCGGAACUGCCCCCCCGACCACGGAGCUUUCCAGGUGGAUGUGGCCGAUCCCAAAAGCGUCGCCGGGAUGGUGAGGGGGGUGCAGGAGCACUUUGGGGUUCCCCCCCGUGUCCUGGUGUCCUGUGCCGGGAUCACCCGCGACCGGAUGUUCCUGGAGAUGGGAGAGCGGGAAUUCCGGGAGGUGCUGGGGGUGAACCUGGAGGGGACGUUCCUGGUGACACAGGAGGUGACAAAGGCCUUGGUGACAUCGGGGGACCCCGGGGGGGCCUCCCUGGUCCUCGUGGGCAGCGUGGUGGCCAAGUUCGCAGGGAUGGUGCCACUGGGACGACUGGGGGACCCUGAGGACGUGGCAGACGUGGUGGCUUUCCUGGCGUCGGGGGACAGCGGCUACGUCACCGGGGCCACCCUGGAGGUGACAGAAUUCCCGGAACAAGCCUGAGCUUGUGCCCCUCCCCCAUCAUGUCCCGUUUAGAGCCCUGGGACACUGUGGAACCCCAAGGAACCAAGGGGCCACUGUGACACCACAGGGCUUCAUGGAACCCAAGGGACCCUGGGACACUGUGGGGGCUCAUGGACCCAAAGGGACCCUGGGACACUGUCAGGAGCCUCGUGGUGCCCAGGGCUGAGGAAUCCCGUGGGUGCAGGUGGCUCAGGGAGCAGCUGCAGUUGGAACUGUGGGAUGAGCUCUGGGUGAGGGGCCUCAGCCCAAAGGCCGUGAGCUGCUGACCCUGGAGCAGCCAAGGGAGAGGACACUUGGAGACAGGGCAGGAGCCCAGGACUCAACAGGAAGAGCAGUUUGUGUGCUUGGAGUGUGAGGGGAUAAAACCCCAUAGAGUUUUUUGUUGGGGGUCCUCCUUGAGGCACCAGCUCAGGCUGUUUCUGUGUUUCUUCACAAGAAAUAAAUUGUUUUACUGUUUUUAAGAUA